AUGGGCCAGGAAAAGGAGGCUCUGCAGCUGCAGUUGCAGAACCAUGUCUCAGGGCAGUCCAACGAGCCCAUUUCGGCGCCCGCCCACGCUCUCUCCAUCGAUGACGUUGUCAGCGAGCUUAAGGCCGACAUCGAAGUCGGCCUCUCGCCCGACCAGGCGAAGAGACGGCUCGAGGAACACGGUCGCAAUGAGUUUAGUGAGCAGGAAGGCGUGCAAACCCUCCGGAUCCUAAUCGGCCAGAUUGCCAACGCCCUCACUCUGGUCCUUAUCCUCGCGAUGGCCGCUUCUUUCGGUAUCAAGUCCUGGAUCGAAGGCGGUGUCAUCACCGCCGUCAUUCUCCUCAAUAUCGUCGUCGGCUUCUUUCAAGAGCUUCAAGCUGCAAAGACCAUGGACUCCCUUCGCUCUCUCAGCUCUCCCACCGCCCAAGCUAUUCGCAACGGGAGCAACCAGACCAUCGUCACUGCCGAUAUUGUUCCCGGUGAUAUGGUUGAGCUCAAGACUGGUGACACCAUCCCCGCUGAUAUCCGUCUGGUCGAGACCGUCAAUUUUGAGACCAACGAGGCUCUGCUUACUGGAGAGUCUUUGCCCGUCCGCAAGGAGGCUACUGCCACGUACCCUCAGGAGACUGGCCCCGGCGACCGUCUCAACGUUGCAUACAGCUCCUCUACCGUCACGAAGGGCCGCGCGCGCGGUGUUGUCUUCGCCACUGGCAUGUACACCGAGAUUGGUCAGAUUGCAGUCGCUCUCCGUGGCAAGGCUUCUCGCCGCCGCGAGCCUAAGCGCAAGGAGGACGGCACCACCAGCUUCCAUCGCUGGCUUCAGGCUUGGGGUCUCACGUUCAGUGAUGCCGUCGGUCGCUUCCUUGGUGUUAAAGUCGGUACUCCCCUCCAGAAGAAGCUGUCAAAACUGGCUCUGCUCUUGCUCGGAGCUGCCAUAAUUUGCGCUAUCAUCGUCUUGGGUGCCAACGAGUUUAAUACCAGGCAAGAAGUCAUCAUCUAUGCCGUCGCCACUGGUCUGUCCAUGAUUCCCGCCUCUCUCAUUGUCGUCCUAACCAUCACGAUGGCCGCUGGCACCAAGCGCAUGGUCCAGCGCCACGUCAUUGUUCGCAACCUUAAGUCCCUCGAGGCUCUCGGUGCGGUUUCUAAUAUUUGCUCGGACAAGACUGGUACUCUCACCCAGGGUAACAUGCUUGUCAAAAAGGCCUGGAUCCCAGGCCGUGGUACCUACUCUGUCGGUGCAACCAACGAACCCUUUAACCCGACGGUCGGCGAUCUUGGCUUUAGAAAGGACCAGCCUAAGGAUAUUAACUUCCAGCACAAGGACUCUGAAGGCACCCCCAUCAAUGCCGGGGAAAUGGCCGGCAACGACAGCACCCUGCGUGAGUACCUCAACGUCGCUUCUCUUGCCAACUUGGCUUCCGUGACUAAGGUCGAAGAUGAGUGGCACGGCCGCGGAGAUCCUACCGAAAUCGCCAUUCAGGUGUUUGCCACCCGCUUCAACUGGAACCGCCUCCGACUUUCCCAGGGCAAGGACGCCCAGUGGUCCGAGAUCGCCGAGUUUCCGUUCGACUCUGAUGUCAAGAAGAUGUCCGUCAUCUUUGAGCACAAGGAAUCCCAGAUGCAGCAUUUGUUCACUAAGGGUGCCGUCGAACGUGUCCUCACAACCUGCCCCCGGUAUGCCGUCGAUGACGAGAUCAAGAUAUUCACCGAUGAUGUUAAGGAGGACGUUCUCAGGAACAUGGAGUCCCUCGCCCGUCUUGGUCUCCGUGUACUCGCCCUUGCCAGCCGAACCGAUCUCCCCAUUGUUGAGCACAAUGAGGCCGAGCUGGACCGUGGUCUGUUUGAGCAGGAUCUUGUCUUCCGUGGCUUGAUUGGUCUCUACGAUCCGCCACGGCCUGAGUCCGCCUCCUCUGUCCGCAUGUGCCACGAGGCCGGUAUUAGCGUCCACAUGUUGACUGGUGACCACCCCGAGACGGCCCGCGCAAUUGCCCUCGAAGUCGGUAUUCUGCCCACUCGCAUAUCUAAUGUUUCCAGCGAUGUUGCCCGCACCAUGGUCAUGGCUGCGCACGACUUUGACAAACUAACCGACCAUGAAAUCGACAAUCUCCCCAUGCUCCCGCUGGUUGUUGCCCGAUGCGCUCCUCAGACAAAGGUCCGCAUGAUUGAAGCACUCCAUCGCCGCAAGGCCUUUGUUGCCAUGACUGGUGAUGGCGUCAACGACUCGCCCAGUUUGAAGCGUGCCGACGUCGGUAUUGCCAUGGGCCAAGCCGGCUCUGACGUCGCCAAGGAAGCCUCCGACAUUGUUCUGACCGAUGACAACUUUGCCUCUAUCCUCAACGCUGUUGAGGAAGGACGCCGCAUGUUUGACAACAUCCAAAAGUUCAUCCUCCACGUCUUGGCCGAGAACAUUGCCCAGGCCUGCACGCUUCUCAUUGGUCUCGCCUUCAAGGAUGCCCGCGGCGUUUCCAUCUUCCCUCUUGCUCCUGUUCAGAUUCUAUGGAUCAUCAUGAUUACUUCUGGUAUGCCUGAUAUGGGCCUUGGUUUUGAGAUUGCUGCCCCUGAUAUCAUGCAACGACCUCCCCAAAACCUCAAACAAGGCGUGUUCACACCGGAACUUCUGGUUGAUAUGGUGGUUUACGGCCUCUGGAUGUCUGCACUUUGCCUGUCUUCUUUCGUCCUCGUGCUCUACGGCUUUGGCAAUGGUGCCGCCGAUAUCGGUCCCAACUGCAAUGAGAAGCGUGAAGGCUGCGAGGUGGUCUUCCGUGCUCGUGCCACUACAUUCGCCUGCUUGACCUGGUUUGCUCUCUUCCUCGCCUGGGAAAUGGUCAACAUGCGUCGUUCCUUCUUCCGCAUGCAGCCCGGCAGUAAACGAUACUUCAGCCAAUGGAUCAUUGAUGCCUGGCGUAAUCAGUUCCUGUUCUGGGCCAUCAUUGCUGGAUUCGUCACCAUGUUCCCGCUCAUCUACAUCCCCGUCAUCAACGACGUCGUGUUGAAGCACGCUCCUAUCACCUGGGAGUGGGGCAUCGUUUUUGUCGAGGCCUUGCUCUUCUUCCUUGGUAUCGAAGCUUGGAAGUGGGCCAAGCGCAUCUAUUUCCGCCGUCUUGCGGCGAAGCAAGGCCUCGGAGUUCAGGACCAGAACCUCGAGCAGCGCGUGUUUGGCGACUACUUUAUUAAGUCGUCUCCUGGUGGCUCUGAUCGCAACAGCGGCGUUCAGAAUCGCUCUGCCCGCAGCGAUGAGAUUUCUGUAUAG